AUGCAUCUGACAAAUAACAAGAGGAAAAAAUGUAGCAAGCAACAUGGAUUGUAUCACAUUUUAGUUAAAAGGAAGCAGGAUUGUGUUAAACUAACCGUUUUGUUUCCACCAGGAAGUCGAGUUAAAACUGACUGUUCAGAGUUUAGAUUGACAUCAUGUCUGCCCUGCAUCGAUGGAACCUUCAUGAAUAGAUUCACUGGGCUCAAGGAGUGUCUCCCCUGCAUCAGCUGUGAUGAAGGUUGGAGUCUGAAGGUAAAGACAUCAUGUACAACAACAUCAGAUGCAGUUUGUGAACCACUGGAUGGAUUCUACUGUAUUGACCCAAUAGGGAACAACUGUGUAGCAGCACGUAAACACAGAAUCUGUCAUCCAGGACAAUACAUCAACCAAACAGGAACAGCCUUCACAGACACUGUGUGCUCUGACUGCAGCAAUGGAACAUUUUCAGAUGGAACAUUUACAUCUUGUCAGCCACAUACUCAAUGUGAAUCAAUAAACCUUGAACUGAUAAAAGCAGGAACUGCUUCUACUGAUGCUGAAUGUGGAGAAAAAAGUUCAAAUGUCACAGUAGCUGUGAGCAUCAUCUCUGUUGUACUUUUUCAUUAAUAUCUGCUGGAUUAGUUUAUUGGUUUUACUUCAGACUGAAGAAAACAGGUU